UUCAGCCAGCAGGGAAGCACUAGAGCUGGAGCAGCACUCAGGUUUCAGUGUCUCUAUAGCUUAUGGGUGGAAAAAAAAGCCCUAAAUAUACCUGAUUUGACUCAACUACUUUACUUUAUUACACUCGAGGACAUUUUCCAGAAUGUCUUCGUUCAGGAAAGCGUUGAAAUCCCGGCAGAGGAACCAUCAUGAAAGAUCUCAGCCUGGUUUCAGGAAACAUCUGGGAUUGCUGGAGAAGAAGAAAGACUACAAACUUCGUGCAGAUGACUACCACAAGAAACAAAACACUCUUUCUGCUCUGCGAAAGAAAGCUCUGGAGAAGAACCCAGAUGAGUUUUACUUUAACAUGAUCAGCUCUCAGCUGCAGGAUGGAGUUCACGUCGCCAAAAAACCCAAGGAAGAGGUGGAGGUGACAGAGGAGCAGAAGAAAAUGAUGAGGACGCAGGAUAUUAAAUAUGUAGAGAUGAAAAGAGUUGCAGAGGCUAAGAAAAUUGAGAGGCUGAAAGGAGAGCUUCAUCUUCUGGAUGCAGACAGCAAACAAAAAAACAAGCAUACAUUUUUUGUGGACUCUAAAAAAGAAGUGCACUCAUUUGACCUGGCAGACCACCUCAACACAGCUCCUGAGCUGGUGGACAGAGUGUACAACAGACCAACUCUGAAAACUCUGGAGACGAAGAGCAUACAGGGAGCUGUAGAGCCUCACAGUAUGAAGAAGUUGGCCAAGCAGAGGAACCACCAGUAUAAAAUCCUUUCCCAGAGGAUUGACAGAGAAAAGAAAAUGUUUGUAAUCACCCAGAAGAUUCAGACCCGCAAGGACCUACAGGAUAAGAACAAGAAAGUGAAGGUAAAAAAAGAAACCCCCAAUGCUGCAGCUAUCUACAAGUUUGAGGCGAAGAGGAAACGCUGAGAGGGAAGUAAUCAUCAUCAUGCUGAGAAGAAAUCAACAACUUUGCCAGACAUGAGAUCAUUUUCUUUUUCUCAAAUAUUGUUGCUACCACGCAGUUUUGUACAUAUUUCAUCAAAGACUUUUAGUUUCUUUCAAAUAAAUAUCAAAAGAACAUAA